CCAGAGAUAAUGAAACUAUUAAAACGAGAGGGUGCCGGGAAAGAAGGGCGAAAUACAGUAGUUUCCCAGUGAAAAUGAGAAGGUUGACAAUGGACAGUACUAUAUAUAAUUUCACUUAAUUUGACAGGGGUACCAUAUCGCUUGUGAAACAAAGGAGCAGCUGUCCAAUCAGGCCUGUCAUUUUAUGGCACGUGUUCGCCGACGUCAGGAUUUUGGGCGACCGACAAAGAUGUCUUCCUCUUCUGAAGCUGUUCGUUGCAUGUAACAUGCUGAAAUGAGGAACAAACAUAACUCUACGGCGGUUGACGCUUGUCUAAUUUGAGCGAUGAAGGUGAGACAUGUUGUGAAUCCUCACAGUGUCCACCUCGUCAUCAAAGUUAAAAAUCUACCUAGCACCAGCGCUUCGGUGACAGCUGACUAGCAGCAUCCAUGUCUCCAGUUUAACAACGGAAAGGUUAGCCGCCUACUGUACACGCCCUCAUUGAGAAGGGGUUAACGAUGUUAAUGGAUACUCUGGAAGACUUCCACAACUGGAAUUAAACGUACCAUUGGGCCAUUGUGAAAACAGGUGCAGUAAUCCUGACCACCCCUCAGGCUAGAAUGUUUGUUUUUAUACACAAAAGAAUCCAAUACAUCAGAUCUUCAUGAGUAAAAGGUCAUUUUUGUUGGGGAAAUAAUUUCCAACCUAACCUCAGCCUUCAAGAUUUCUAUGAUCCAAGCUUUUUUUUUAUUGUUGGUCCACACCUAAAAUUAUUUUUUUUACAAUUCCUUUUUGUGAAUUGCUUUAUUGUUCUCAAGCCCAAUGGUAGCUCUUGGAGGAAAUGCAGGAACUGAAGAAGGACAUUAGCGUGCUUGGCUAGUUACUAACGGCGGAACAAUCAGUCAUCAAUGGAGAAACUGUGACCAGUCUUCAUUUAAGAUCAUUUUUGCUAUUGACUGUUUUCACUUUAUUCUGCCUUGGAUUAAAACUUGUUGCUUCUGAAAAUGUAACUGACAUGGAUACCAGUGGAUUUUAUUCUGGAUUUUACCCCUGUUGUUUUUUCAAGCCCAACACCAUCCGUUGGUUUUUGUCCCUCACAUACCUGAUGCAUCUCCCAGGUCAGGUGGUCUACAGCUGGUAGAUGUUAGCGAUGCCCACACGUAGGAAAACCAAGUUCCCCCAGUGGCACAUUUACAGACUGCUGUGCCUAAUAUGAAUGUUGGACGAAAAGCAAGUUCCCUUUUUUAAUUGCAACUCAUUUUGUUCUCAUGCAGCAACCAUAGUUUUAUAAACCUCCAUACUGUCUGUUAAAUACAAUUUUUUUUUUAAUUUAAAGUUUGGCUUCUAUUCACAAGGGAGGGAAAGGAAACGCUGAUGAUCCAGGACAAUUCACUCGAUCCCUUCUAAACCCGGUUUUCAAGUCUUGUGCUUUAAUCCUAACUCCCUUUUUUAAUUGAAAGGGAAGGUGGUAUUAUGUAUGGUUUACAUAAGAGGCAAAACUGUUUUCUAUAUCAUUUGAUCUUAAAUGUCAAGCUUUUUCACUGUAUUUGCAGAAAAUUCCAAUUUUGUCUUUUUGUUUUUUGGGCCGGAGAACUUAAUAUUCUGAAAGCCGUCUUUGGAUAUCGUCUGUAAUGUUUUGUGUGAAGUCCAUCUGCUUUUUGACAGAAUCAAAUAUUUUAAACCUGGAACAACUUUUUUACAAUGGCUCAGGAUCUCCAUGAGGAUUUUCGCAAAGGAAGAAAGAUUGAUCAAUCCAUCAUUUUGGUCCCCAUAUCAGCAUCCCACAUAGAGCGCCAGUAGGGACGUUUAACUCAGAAUGACAACUCCUUCGGCAUCGCAGCUAAGCUGAGGCCCGAGCAAAACACUGCGCACACGGGAAGUGAUGCCAGGUGGCAGUAGUAAGAAUGAAGGGCGGGGUCCAUCCUCCUCUCCCCUGCCCCAUGCUGUGGUCCUGUCCUCCAGACCCUUGCGACCCUCACGCUACAUCCCCGUGUCGGCAGCCACUUUCUUCCUGGUUGGCUCAACCACACUCUUUUUCUGCUUCACUUGUCCAUGGCUCUCGGAGCGUUUCUCUGCAGCCGUACCCAUUUAUAAUGGUGUCAUCUUCCUGUUUGUGUUGGCUAACUUCUGUAUGGCCACAUUCAUGGACCCAGGCAUCUUUCCAAGAGCUGAGGAGGAUGAGGACAAGGAGGAUGACUUCCGUGCUCCUCUUUAUAAAACGGUGCAGAUCAGAGGGAUCCAGGUCAGGAUGAAAUGGUGUUCAACUUGUCGCUUCUACAGGCCACCACGUUGCUCCCACUGCUCUGUCUGUGACAACUGUGUGGAGGACUUUGACCACCACUGUCCAUGGGUCAACAACUGCAUCGGCAGGAGGAAUUACAGAUACUUCUUCCUCUUCCUCCUCUCACUGACGGCCCACAUCAUGGCUGUGUUUGGCUUUGGGUUGCUCUUCCUCUUCUAUCAUCACCAGUACAUCGGCCGCCUGCAUGCCAUUGUCACGCUGGCUGUAAUGUGUGUUGCAGGCCUGUUCUUCAUUCCCGUUGCUGGUCUCACUGGGUUCCACAUUGUGCUUGUGGCAAGGGGCAGAACUACUAAUGAGCAGGUAACAGGCAAGUUCAGAGGAGGAGUUAAUCCUUUUACAGAUGGCUGUUGGAGGAACGUCACUCAUGUCCUCUGCAGUUCACAGGCACCCAGAUAUUUGACCAGAAAGAAGUGUGUGCAGAGUGUGUGCGUCCAGCCUCCAUUUCUGCGCCCACAGCUUACUGACGACCAGCUCACAGCAAAGAUCCUGGACAAUGGCCUUCGAGGAAAUCUUCAUCGGUCACAGUCAAGUCUGGAUAUGCAAGAAAGCCAGUCAUGUGAUGCUGACCCUCCUCCUCCAAAACCAGAGCUUCACUACCUUGGGGUCACGAGGCGGAACACGCAUGAUUACAAUCUAGUAAACAAAGUACCUCCCACCCCCACCAUGUAUAAAUACAGACCUACCUACAGCCCUGGCAAGAACCACACUCCCCUCACCCACGCUUAUGCAAACCAGUUAAGUCAAAGAGAGCGGGCUAGCAGUAGCAGGGAUUCUUCCUCCUCCACCUCCUCACUGGUCCAGGUCAGCCAGCAGCCUGGGUUCCGCUCCCAGCCGAGUCUGGACCGGGACAGUUCAUCUGUCAGAGGAGGAGAUGGGGACAGACAAGAUGGCGGCGAGGGCGGCAUCCCAGGCUACUCUCUCACUGGCCGUUCCUACCCGUCGUUUCCUGACCCCGCUGUCCUGUCAGGGGUGGCGUCACAAUCAGCAGGUGCCGCCCACAUCUCUGAAUCCACCACUACCUCCAGCAGCUUCAAGAGCAUAGCCAAUCACACGCCUCCACCCCAUCAGCCAGCGCCUAACGGAAGCCUGUCAUGUGACAGCCUGAUGGCUGGAGGCGAGGUUUCUCCAGCGGCAGGCGGUGGCUACAUCUCAUCCUUCCUUACUUCGCAACACAGAGAUGCUGAUUCCCAGUCUCCCCAGCGCCAUCACCCCCUCCUCCACCGCUCAACCUCCUCCACCUGCUACUCCCCUCCUCCUGAGAGGGAACGUCAGCCCGUGGAACCUCACCGAAGUGUUCACCCCCUGCCUGUCUGUCAAACGUCUGCACCCCCUCCUCCUUCCGCCCCCCACCCAGCCCACCAUCAUCAUUCCCAUCAUCACCAUCACCACCAUCACCACCACCACUCCUCAUCUACCUCCCACCCUCCUCGUUUCAUUGCCCCUCACCUGCCCCACCAUGCCUACCCACACCGCACCCGCUCCACAGAUACCCCCUCAUCUUCCACAAAUUACCCCUCCCACUCCCCACACCCCCCACCCCUUGGGAAAUCCCUGUCAUACUCGAGCGCCGCCGCCGCCGAAAUGCAGUAUCGGCUCAUUCGAAAGGCCUCCUCGGCAGCCGGAACAGACGCAGGAAGCGGAGGAACGGCAACAGCCAAGGUUGAGCGAGACCAAACGGAAGUGCUGAGUUGAUCCCACGGCAGUCCUUCCUCUCCCAGUCAACACAUCUGCCGGAGUGGCCCAUCUCAUCUCAGCAAUAAAGCCCCAAAGUGGUCCGAUUUGCCGUGUUGCAGCGCCAUCUUCUUGGUCUGAAAGGAAAUUGCUGCAAACCCUGUUAAGCCACCAGUCUUUAUUUUCUGGUCGACUGUUAAAAUAAAAAGAGGUGUACAGCGUGGAGUGAAUGGCAACAGGUUUUUUGGUAUUUAUUAUAAAAAAACAAAACAAAUCCUCAUUUGACCAUGCAGGACCCACAACUUCUUUGUGUAUGAGGCGAUCCAAACCUGGACAGGGAAUCCCUUCAAUGGCAACAGCCAGUUUGCAACAAACUAAAUAUCCCAUAAGAACCCAGACACAUAAAGGACACGUGUGCAUCAAGGAAAAUGAGGAGAUGGUGUUGAGAAAUAUACUUUAGGAACAGUUGAAUUGUAAUAGUUGAGGCUGGCUUCAUAAUGAGCGUUAAUGGCAAAGAUGUGUUCUUACGGGAUAUGAGUCAUAUCAUUUAGAGUUUUAGGUUCACUUAUCCUCACCAGGAAAGCAUUAGUAUUCCAAUGCAGGCAGGAACAUCCAAGUCUGUCUGCGUUGUAAUUCCGCUGUCUCUCGGAAAAUGCAAUCUGUGACUGGAAACAAGUACAUUAACUCAACCAAAUGUUGAUUGCCUUUUUUUGGUGUUUAUUCUUAGAUGUGAAUAUUCUAAGUGUGUACAUAAUAAUGUGAUUUUUGAAUGUGAAUUUUUUAAAUCCUUGUUUUGUUGAUAUUCAUAUGGUGCGACAGCAUGUACAUUCAUUUUUAUGGACCAAGCUGGACUCUGAAGCAAGUUGGUUAUUUGAACAGUCAAUUUAAAUCAGACAGAAAUUCACUGUGGAACCAAAGGUUCCAUAUAGAAAAAUCAGACUUAAAAACAUGCACCCUAAAUCCCUGGGAUCCAGUAGACAGUAGAUAUUUCUAUAAAACCUUGACUAAUUCCCCCCCAAAAAAUCCAUCCAUUCAUUUUUGAACCCCCAUCCCAAACCCUAAUAAACUUUAACCCUAAACUCUAUAAUCCCUGUCCCACAGCCCGAAAACUGUUACCCCCAACCCAAACACUUAACCUUCACACCCAAACUCUUAACGCCGAAUCCUAACAUGCAUGAUUUUUGGAUGUGGGAGUACCCAGAGAAAACCCACACAUGCACGAGGAACAUUGAAACCACAGAGAACCGUGAUCUCUUGUGAUUCUGACAUGCUAACCACUCGUCUACUGUGCAGCUGUCUUGAAAAUCCAAAUGUAAUUUUUAUUUACCGUAUUUAUUGUGAAAGAUUGUUUUUUUUUAAAAAACAUGUAUAUUUUAUUUAUUUAUAAUGGAGAUUUUGCGACUGCUUAAAAAAUGUGAGGCCAACAUUAAAGCAAAGUUCCAAUGUUACAAAUAUGUUGUAUUUAACUUUAUUCUGAAAUGAUUGCCACUCAUGUUAGGGCUGUGCAGUUGUAAAUGUGAUCAUAUUUUCAUCAAAUUUGAACAGCAUCAUGACAUUCUGAAGUGUGAAAAUACAAAUAUGAAAUAUUCCUGACGCUUCACCCCUAGCAUAGGUCAAGAUAUUCAAGUUUUGUUUUAACCUGUUAAACCCUGGGCUUGUUCGUAACGCGGGGACCGCCUGUGCUGUUAAGAUUGAUCACAAACUCAUAACGAAAUAUUUUGUCAUUUGGUCCAACCACAAGUUCAACAUCUUAGCCCAAAUACCACAAAACAAACACAAAUCAUCCGUAACUAUGUUCUUAAUUAGCCUAACAUAAAUGCUGCUACCACUGAAGUAGCUGAUUAAAUAUAAAACCAUUAUUUAGACUCUAAACCCUGAAUAAAACAUUUAAAAAGCUAUUUUGUAAAGUAAUACUUGGAAAAAAAUGCUACUGCGGAAAUGACAGAUGUUUGCAAACAUAAGACAAUGAACAAAAAAAGAAGUCAUACAAGCUCUUUAAUGCAAGGUACAGUAAUACAUUGAAAAAGCUGAAAAAAAUUUUUUCCUCCCGUCACAAUUGAACCAUUUCCUUACCAGCCCCCCACAGUAAGGACUACAACUAUACUAGAUCGUAACGACAGUAAAAAAGUCUUCAUGAAAGUCAUCAAUGAGGUGAACCACACGAACAUGCAAGGAUUGUUGACAUUUGUCUUGUGUUACAACACAUUCGUUGGUGUAUUUUCAUCAUAAAUCAUUAGAUCAAAUAUGUGUGUGUUUGUGUGUGUGUGAAGACCAGUUCAAUGACGACACUGAACAUAUUCGGAGUUGAACAAUCAAGGGUUGUUGAUUUGACAAAGUAAUUCCUAAAAACAUCCCGCACUAGUACGCCUACAAAGACCAUGUAUCGUUUGUUUCCAUUCCUUUGUUUGCAGCCAUUUAAAAGGAAUAGCCCAUUAGAAUCCAGAUCCAGCGGAAAUAAAGCAAAAGGAAUGCAGAUAUUCACUCCAAGGCAGUUAAGAUGGUUUGACAGUCAUGUUCGCCGUUUCUUCAUAGUAUUUCUGGAAAAGAGUGAAUAAUACAACUACAUUAGAUGGGAA